AAAACCCUCAAAGCCUGGUAUUUUACCGAUCUUUUCAUUCUCUGUUCAAACUCUGGUAAUUAUUUACUGAUUUUCUAUUCAAUUUUGUGUUCAAAAUCUGGUACUUUUACUGAUUUUCUUUUCAAUUUCCGUUCAAAAUCUAAUCAAAUUGAACCCAGAUUUUUUCACUCAAAGGCACAAAUUAAUUGUAUGUGAUGAUUUCUGAGCAAUGGUGGCGUUAACGUUCAAUAGGAAGCGAGGUAACGAUUUCUUCUCUUCAAAUUACAAAACCCAAUUUUCAAGUCCUUCCAAUUUCGACCACAUUUCAAAAAAACCCAAACUUUCUAUAUAUCAAACCCUAAAUCCACCAAAAUCAACUGUUCAAAGGUUUUUCAUGUACCCGGAUCCAAUUAACCCGAUUCGAAGACAAGUUCAUGCUCCUUGCAGGCAUUCAAGAUUUGGGUCUAAGGGUAUUUCAGCAAAUUCAGCUCCUGAAACGGGUAAUUUUGUAUCAAGAGUGUACGAUGAAGCUAAGAAAAGUGCUUUUUAUAGUUUAAGGUGUUUGAAAAAAGUUAAGGAAGUGAUAUUUAUUGAUGAUGAUGAUGCUAAAAAGGGUGAUUUAGAAGCUGGGGUUUGUAAACAAAGUGAUGUUUUUUGUAAUUUGGAAGGUGGGGUUUGUGAAAAAAGUGAUUUUUUAGGCCAGAAGUGGAAGCAGACUAAUGGGCCUCUGGAAAUUUUGAAUGGUGUUGAUGGUCACGAUUCGUUGGUAGUAACGACGGGUUUGGAUGAUGGAAAUUUGAAGGAAGAGAGUGUAGGGAAGAUGUUAGACACACUAGCGUUGAACCCCACGUCUGAUUCUGCUUUCUAUGUCCCUUUGUAUAAGAAAUUGCUUGGUUCAGUGGGGAAAAUAAAUGAUAAGUUGAAAAGACUGCAGUUUCAGAUUGGAUAUAAUGAGAAGUGUCUCGAAACGUAUAGUUUGUUGCGGCCUCAGAAGAAAGAAGAACAGGUUAAAGAGGAUGUGAUUUCAGAACCAUUUGUCCCUCUCACUGAGGAGGAAGAGGUUGAGGUAUCGCGUGCUUUAUCCAAAUCCAAUCGAAGACGGGUUUUGGUGACCCAUCAAAACUCCAAUAUUGAUAUUACUGGAGAAAUAUUGCAAUGUUUAAGACCUAGGGAAUGGUUGAAUGAUGAGGUUAUCAAUGUGUAUCUUGAACUGUUAAAAGAGAGAGAGAAAAGGGACCCCCAAAAGUUCUUGAAAUGUCAUUUCUUUAACACAUUCUUUUACAAGAAGUUGAUAGGUGGCAGGGGAGGCUAUAACUAUCAAUCUGUGAGAAGAUGGACAUCCCAAAGAAAGCUGGAUUACUGCCUACUCGAAUGCGAUAAAAUCUUUGUCCCUAUCCACAAAGAAAUACAUUGGUGUUUAGCUGUUAUCAAUAAGAAGGACAAAAAGUUCCAAUAUCUUGAUUCGCUCAGAGGAAGGGAUACUCAAGUGUUGAAAGUGCUGGCUAGGUACUUUGUUGAUGAGGUGAAGGACAAAAAUGGGAAAGACAUUGAUGUUAGUUCAUGGAAGCAAGAGUUUGUCGAGGACCUUCCAGAGCAAAAGAAUGGGUUUGACUGCGGUGUGUUCAUGAUAAAAAAUGCUGAUUUCUACAGCAGAGAUAUAGGCCUCUGUUUUAAUCAGGAAGACAUGCCGUAUUUUAGGUUGAGGACUGCGAAGGAGAUCUUGAGGUUGAAAGCAGAUUAAACAAUCUUGAGCAUGCUCCUGUUUUGUCAUGUGUUAUAUCCUGUUUCAACAAAGGGAUGAUUAUGUAGUUCAAUAGUUGGUAUGAUCGACGUGAGGCUAAGUAUUCCUUAAAGAUCUUUACUGUGAUUAGUCAAAGUGUUAUUUAAUUCUUUAGCUAGUUAUUAUCCGGGAAAGGCUUGAUUCUGAAAGUGCUUCUUUAGGUUAAUUUUAUAAAUUCAGUCUUUUUAGUCCCCAUAGAGCAUUUUAGAUGAAAUUUAGAGUUGUAAACAUUUGCUUCUUUAUAUUAUUAUUUCAAUGAAAUGAAAUCAAAGAUUUUACUUUUUGUGUAA